AUGUUUUGGGAUCACAACGCAAAAUGGGCUAUCCAGGCUGUUGGGGCUAGUCAUAUUGACUUCAGGUUUUCAAUUCAUCAGCCAACUGUGGGAUAUUGUCAUUUCCAAGAAGGCAUCUCUGGUCUUAAACAGGUCACUGGACGCCAAGCCCAGCGUUUCAGCCAAGCUUCUUCCCUCCAAGUCCAGACUGCUCUGAAGGAGUUUCAUGAGAACAAGUCCGUGAUCUUAGAGCUAAAGGCUAGGGUCAAUCCUAAAGGUAAAUCAAUAGACCAUUGGGAAAUACCGGAACUCGAAUUCAUGCAAAGUGUGGAGCCCAGCAUUUGUGCUUCAGGUUCUAUCAUGCAGUGGACUGCCGACAUCAUGGAGCAUGCUCAUAUCACUCUAGUAAAGGAUCCAGCCCAAUCUGGCAACAAUCAUGACUUUGAAAUUCAGAUUUGUCGAAGUCUGGAUUGUCUUGACCAUGUUAGAAGGUUUGAUUUGAUGACAGCAAUGAAGGAUGCUAGCAUAGACUUCCGUCUAGAAAAUGUUGAAGGAGAUGAAGGUCAAGAACAGGGAGCUGAAGGGUUACAAGUAGACGAAGAAGAAGAUACAGAAUUGGAGAUCACAAAAAUAUUGUCGACCGAAAAGCUAGUCACCCAUCUUAAUCCUGUCUCAAAAAAGUUAUUCAGAUCUUUUCGGCCUAAACAGAACUUUUUUCUGAAAGCUCGUUUGCUUAAAAGAGCACCCUCAGCACCCCUUCCUCAUCGUUCUUUUGUCAAUAAUGUUACAGGCGAAAUCUCUGCCUUUAGCUUAGUCCAUGAUCCUGACCUAACGACACAAACAAUUGAAGAACACCUCCAGGGCCUGGCUGGGAGUUUGGUCGCCAAAACACGGUCGUUGUUCAUAAAGAUCAAAGCUUUCAGUGGCCGGGAAGCUCUUUGGAAGAUUAUUCCACAGGAUCUUAUGUCCUUAAGAGAGCUCGGAGAGCAGAUGGGACUCCUAUGGGAGAUAUUAUUCCUGUUUCACAAUUCCGUUCUUUUGCAGAUAUUUGUCCUCUCUAUCGAGGAAAUCCUCACCCUUCUUUAA